CACAGCUGAUUUUGACAACUAACUUUUACUUACAUCGAAAUGUGUUUCAUUCAAAAUUAUUACAAUUCAUUACUUGUUUCACUCUAGGAGGCUUCGAGUGUACCAGUUUUUGAAAAUGCGUAAAUAAUAAUUAAUUAGUGUGUUACAAAAAUAUAACGAUGAUUUCCAAUACAAUUGUAAAGUUCCACAGACAUAAAUCAUAUCUACUCAUCGUCAGAAAUGCAAGUGCUACACAAGAUACGAAGUCUAUUCAGCCUCCUAACCCAAGGAGGAUUAGCACAGACAUGGUGGGUCCUCCAGAUCCAGUGUCCAAUCUUCGCAAAGUAAUUUUUAGAAUUCCACCUAAUGAAACCAAACUAGAAAAAAGGUACAGAGAAAUGAGAGCUGAAGUUCAGGAAUGGAACCAACAUUUUUGGGAGAAACAUAACUCUACAUUUUAUCAAGAAAGAGAGGAAUACUUAAAGAAGAAUAUGCCAGUCGAUAAACAGAACUUAACGGCAGAUGAAAUGAGUGUUUUCUACAAAGCUUUCCUUGACAAAAAUUGGAAACUACACUUAAAUUAUAAUAAAGAAUGGUACAAAAAGAACUUCGCUCUACUAAGGCUAGCAAUAAGAGUAAAAUUAAAUAAACUAUUUAGAUUUAAAGACUAGGACUUGUUAGUAUAUCAGAGAGUAAUUUUUUACUUAGAACAAUUGUUUGGUAAAUAAGGAUGUUUAUUUUUAAUAAAUAAAUGCGUUCAAAAUUGA